AAAUUCGAGUGAUUGGUCCUAACACUACUGCAUUUAGUAAUUAAUGGCGAGUCGAGUUAAUAGACAUGGAAUCUGACGAGGAUAGUCAAGGCCUAAUUGAGUAUCGGCCGUGUUUAAAUCCAAGAAGGGGAGAGAGGGACAGUGGCGAGAACAUAAAAAUUGUUCCAGAACUUCUCCCUGAACGAUUAUUUGCAACAGAUCGCUACCCUGUAAAAGGCCGAAUAAACUCGUACUCGAAACCUGAGUAUUUGCUCGACAUUGUAGAUGUUUUGGAGGGUAGUAAGGAAUUGCAAUACCUACAAGAUUGUCCAUUGGGUUCUCUGUUUGAAUUGCCAAUUAGGAAAUGUUCACUGUCGGGAAAACUGGUCCACAACAUUUUAUGUCGUUCGCUUGUUACAGCCAAGGAACAUGAGUUCUGGUUCGUUUUCGGUGGACAUCCGUUUCGUUUCUCACUCAGAGAGUUUGCUCUCGUAACGGGACUUCCUUGCUUUCCAUAUCCAGCAGCAGAAGACAUUCAAAAGGCGCAAAAUUCAAGUAAUAAUUCAGAGCCGUUUUGGAAGACUUUGUUUGGUGAGAAGAAGGUGGUUACUAUCGAUGAAAUUGUGAGGUCCCUGAAGGUGGAUAGUAGGAAGCCUUUAAAGGCACAGAUGCCUGGUUGGAAAAAACUGAGGCUUGCACUAAUAGUGAUUGUGGAAGGGAUUCUGAUCUGUGACAGCCAGCCUGUGAGAGCAUCAACGGAGGUGGUAGAAAUGGUGAGGCACUUGGACACGUUUUUUUCGUAUCCGUGGGGAAGAGAAUCCUUCAAUUUGACCAUGCGUAUGGUUAAAGUUGGGUCGAGGGUAGAAACAGUUGAAUCACUUGUGGCAAAGAUGAAACAGUCUCACGUUGCAACCCACGGGUUCAUUUUGGCGCUUCAACUACAUAUUCUCCAUUGCAUCCCACUAUUGGAGACCUAUCUUCCCGACUCUGACGAUGAACAAACAUUCACCGACCGGUCUGUAUUCCAACUGGCGAAACUGAAAUCAUUCCACAAUUCUAACAUCUUGGAAGCCGAAAACAAUCCGGAGUUAGAAGUCUACGCCAUCCUAGAGACAGAACAGCCUAUUGAUGAAUCUCUAUACGCAUGGGAAGACGAAGUCGUAGACCCGGGGGUAGAAUAUGUAAUGAGCCUUAUAGAGAAAGGUGUCACGAUUGGGAAAGAAGUCUGGCAUGGUGGACAUGAUAGUCUACCACUAAUGUCCAUCCCUGCUCCGAAAAUCGUGAAAAAAGAAAAAAAGGUUAAAAUCCCUAAGAAGAGUGUGAGGAAAGAAGAGGUAGUAGAGGACGAAGAGGAAGAUUGCAACAACGGAGAUGAUGAUGUGGUCGGAGAGGAAGCUAAGGCCGGCGGAUUGGAUGCCAAAUUCCUUGCAAUACUGGAAAGGAAACUGAAAGACCACAAGAAGGAGAUCCUGUCUACUGUGGACCAAAAAAUUCUUACUUUGCAAGCUGAAAUAUUGGGAAAACAAGAGAGGGGGGGUGGACGACAGUUUGGGAAUGUUGGAAUUAAGAAGUGUGGCGGUAAAAAGUAUGAUAAAGUGGAGGGUAAAAAGAUCCAAGCGUGUCUCACCCGAAAGCGAGAAGGAAUUCGUUUUAAGAAAAAGAAAGAGGUUAUCGAGGACAAUAGUCAGGUAGAUGUGGAUGACUACUUUGGAGUUAAUCAGGUACUUGAAAACCUGAAAGACGAUAAGGGUGGACCGUCCGUUGCCGCAGAUGAAGAUAAGAAUGAAGAUGAGCACAUUCUUAAAGCUGGAGUCGAAAAUGUAUUUCAGACUGUAAACGAGACUGAGCUACAAGAUGAUACUAGCUUUUAUAAAGAGGUCUCUGCGAUGGAGUAUGAAGGAGGAAAGUGUGGAGGCGAGAAAAUGGACGAAGAUGAUGCGGUGGAGAAGCCAGAUGAUGACGAUGUAGACAACCAAGGUGUGGAUGAAAAAGAUAAAGGAACUUCGGGUUCAACCGAUGGCGAUGAAACUGAUGGGGAGGACGGGGACGAAAUCUAUGGAGUUUCAGAAGAAAAGGAGGAUGACAAUAAUCCGGUGCAGGGUUCUGUGGACAUUAACACAGAACAUGUCGCACAUGUGUUCAUCGAAAACGAUGAACAAACUGUAGACAAAUCUGGUGCUGAAGUAACGGUGGACAAAAUGAAAACAACUUCCGGUGAAGAAAAAGAGGAUAAGGAAGAUGUGGACAUAAUCGCAGAAGUCAUCAAGCCAUUGUCCACAGAAAAUACAGAACAUACUGUAGACAAUUCUGGUUUUGAAGAGAGGGUGGAGAAAACCAUUAUAUCUGCCGAAGAGAAGUCCACCGAUGCUGAUGAAGGUGUGGACGUCACUAAUUCAACUUGCGAUGAAGGAAAAGAGAAACCUGCAACUGAGGAGGAGGAGGAAGCUGUGGACAAAACUGAUUCAGAGAAGUCCAUGGAAACAGUCGAAGAAAGAGGAGUCGAUAAUACAAGUAAAGAGGAAGAAAAAGAUGAAGAUCAAUCUGACGAGGAGGAGGAUGAAAAGGAGAUGGACAUCAUUGAACAAAAGGGAGAAUGUGUUGGCGAACAGAACAAGGGACGACGAGGUAAAAAACGUCAUGAGGAUGCCAAUAACGAAUAUUUGCCAUCUAAACGGGCAAAAAAAGCUCCUUCAAGAUACGGCGCUACUCCAGACAACAAACCUCAGACGGGGGGGGGGGGGGUUGAGUUAUACACUCCGUUCCGGAAAAUUGAUUUGGCAAAAAAGAAGAAAUUUCUGGCGAAGAUAUCGGCCUUUAAGAAAAAGGAAUACAUAAUCGAUGGACAUCCUGUUCCAAACACUUUCUUCUCAGAUAUUAUGACGCCGAAACAUUGGGUUGAUACACCUGAAAUGGAAGCGAUGCUAAGCCUAGUUUGGCGAAAACUAGGUGAUUCAUUCAACGAUUCAAGGAUUGCUGUACUAGAUACCUGGUUCAUUAGUAUGCUGUGCAAUGAAUAUCCUCGAUUCAAGAAAUGGAACAAGGGUGUUGCUUUCAAAUGGAACUCAGUUUGCAAGAAUUACGUCCGUGGACAUGUACCAAGCCGGACAGGGAAGAUGAUGUGGUUUGAAGAUGUGGAUACCGUCUACCUACCUAUGAAUUGGAGGAAGGGUCAUUGGGUGUGUCUUGUGGUCCAGUUGAAAGAAGGGAGGAUCGAGAUUUUAGACCCACUACUCUCGGGGAACGAUUUGAAAAAGGUUAAGAGGUUCAUGGCUCCGGUUGUCGAGAUGCUUCCAUGUCUAAUCAGGGAUGAGAUCACUUCACCGACUGAGUACCCGCGUCCCGAGACAUUUACUUACGAAAGGGCUGUUGCCAUCUCCCAGAAUAAUCGCACUGGAGACUGCGGACCAUUGGCUGUGAAGUUUAUUGAACUUCAUGGACAGGGUUUAGGACUUGAUGGAAUUACGGACGCGAUGGUAGAUAACUUCCGGCUGAACUAUGCUAUGGACGUUUAUGAGGAGUUCGUGGGUGCAAUUACGAACUAAUGGUUUAUGAGUUAUUUAAGUAAUUUGUUUAGAACUUGUUGUUUUUCAACUUUUUUAUGGACCUUAUGUUUCUGUACUUGAACGUAUAAUUAUUUUUUGAAACUUAAACUAUGUUAUUUCCCCUGCACCUGUUAUUUGGAUAUGUUUGGUUAGCUAUUGGUUGAAGCUAGGUUAUUAGAGUAAAAUAAUUGAAACUAC